CGGCACGCAGUUUUGAGACGGACAGAGAGAGAAGAAGAGGAAAGGAGCUCUGGCUCGGCUUUUUGUGCCUGUGUGAGAGACGGUCAAAGAGAGCGAAAAACAGUUUGGAAAGUCAAAAGUCAUGGCAAUAGCCGCCACCACCACCACCACCAUUGCAGGUUCUGCUCGCCGCUGCUCUCUCACCUCCACCAGCCUCCUCUUCCGGUGCUGUUCUUCUCCUACUACCACGCAACUUAAUUUUCUCAGAGCAAACAACAGUUCAAGAAGCCCUAAUCUUCGCGUAUCCGCUUCUUCCAUGAAACUCGAAGCCGCCGAGAAAGCUUCGCCGGUCUCUUUUUUGGAUCGCAGGGAAAGUGGUUUCCUUCAUUUCGUCAAGUAUCACGGUCUUGGCAAUGACUUCGUCCUGGUUGAUAAUAGGGAUUCUUCAGAGCCUAAGAUUACGCCAGAGAAAGCAGUGAAGCUGUGUGAUCGAAACUUUGGGAUUGGUGCUGAUGGUGUUAUCUUUGUGUUGCCGGGUAUCAAUGGCACUGACUACACGAUGAGAAUUUUUAAUUCUGAUGGUAGCGAGCCUGAGAUGUGCGGUAACGGAGUGCGAUGCUUUGCUCGAUUCGUUGCUGAGCUCGAGAAUCUGCAGGGAAGGCAAAGUUUUACUGUACAUACUGGUGCUGGUUUAAUUAUUCCAGAAAUUCAAGAUGAUGGACAGGUUACAGUUGAUAUGGGUGAACCGAUACUUAAAGCAUCAGACGUGCCUACAAGACUAUCUGCAAAUAAUGAUCAAUCUGUUGUUAAGUCAGACCUAGAUGUUGAUGGAGUAACCUGGAAUGUGACUUGUGUUAGCAUGGGGAAUCCUCAUUGUGUGACUUUUGGUACAAAAGGAGGCCAGAAUUUGCAGGUCGAUGAAAUAAACUUAGCCAAAAUUGGGCACAAAUUUGAACAUCAUGAAAUGUUCCCAGCACGAACCAAUACAGAAUUUGUGGAAGUUCUCUCUCCGUCACACCUUAAAAUGCGUGUUUGGGAGCGUGGGGCAGGAGCCACGUUGGCCUGUGGAACUGGUGCUUGUGCAACAGUUGUAGCAGCUGUUCUUGAGGGUCGUGCUGGGAGGAAUUGCACGGUUGAUCUACCAGGAGGACCGUUGCAAAUUGAAUGGAGAGAGGAAGACAAUCACGUGUACAUGACAGGCCCAGCUGAAGUGGCAUUCUAUGGAUAUCUGUCCCUCUGAUGUGUCUCCCUUAAAUUGUUAUUCAUGGAAGAGAAGGUAUCAUUAUUUAAAUUCAUCUGACUUUUGUAGAACUGGAUGUUAAAUAGAAAAUUGUGGAGAGGCUAUGUUUCUCUAGCAUACAAUGGUUCCCCUUCACUUUUUUCUUGAGUUUUAGCUAAUUGCAUAAGAUACUUAUGGUGGACCUGUUGUUGAGUUGAGAAACAAGCCGUUGAGGUUCUCAGCGUGACAAUCAGCCAUCAUAAGGCUCAUUGCAUUGCAAUUUGACAUCAACAAUUUGGAUCUGAAGUCUAAACUGUAUCACAUCAUUCAAAUAUUAUUUCGAGUCUGUAAACAUGCUUAAAGGAGAUCUCUCUUGUUUUUUUUAGUUUAAUAAAUUUUAGUACCAUUUGUUUGAUACAA